UGUUUUAAAAUGAAGACUGUUCGCAUUGGCGUUUCUCAAUGGGUCCCAUGGAUAAAAUUUGAUGCAAACAAAAGCCUCGAGUCGGCUGAAGGUGUGCUUGUGGAAUUUUACAAAGGAAUGAAACAUGCGAAAGUUUUUGAUUAUCAAUUACAAGUGGAAAGUGUUUAUGGAAUAUUGGGUCCUGAUAAAAAGUGGACUGGGAUGAUUGGAGCAAUGCUUAGAAACGAAACUGACAUAGUGGGCCCAUUCUUCAUGGACGAGCGCCGAGGAAGCGUGGUUCAGUUCGUCUCACCGUUGGAUUUUUCACAGCUUGUACUAGUCACUGGCUUAACACAUGCUAGCAACUAUCCUUUCCUUAUUUUUAAAGUGUUUUCGAUUGAAGUUUAUCACUUUCAAUAUCAGUUGCCUGACUUUCUCUCUAAAUUUGCACCUUUGGAUAUUCCUAAAGAAAUGGAAGAAAUAUCAGAUUAG